AUGCUUACAUACCUUGCCGCCCUUCUUACUGAACCUGCACACUUUCUGCUUUCUCUGACGCCACUUUCACGUUUGCUCCCUAGUAUUGAUCACUUUGCUCCACAUCCUACGGCACCUUUUGAAGGAUACUAUACCCGUAUUGUAACACCUUCCCACGGGUCAAUACUCCUUAUCCUCUCUUCUGUGCGACAAGCAGAAGAUAAACCCCAUUAUAUCCACUUUUCCCACAUACCAUCAGUAUCAGGGCCACAAGAUAAAGCAUUGCAAAUCGAUGUAUUCUCAACCAUCACAGACGUCCUCGGAGAACGCAAAGAAAGCGGAUUCCAAGAGUUCACCAGGGUCGUUUCGGACGGAAUCGGAUAUUGCCGUACUGCCGAAGGUGAACAGAAAUAUUCACUCCGUCUCCCAGAUCCUGAGUCAGAGAGCGGCGACGAGAGCGUGGUGGAAGUGGAAGUAACGAUCACUCAGAGGGCACCUUGGAUAGAAGGGGAUGUACUCAGUACUCCAGAGGGUGCAUUCAGCAAUUUAGUGCAUCUGCUUCCGCUGCACUGGAACGUCUUCUCGCAUAAAAGUAUGGCAGAGUACACCGUAAAGAGAGGUGGUGAACUUUGGUUGCAGGGGACAGGAAUUGCACAUUCCGAAAAGAAUUGGGGGGUGUCCUUUCCUGCUGGUUGGACUUGGAUCCAAGGCUUCUCAGAUCAUAAGGACCACGCUGGAACAUCAACAUUUUCUCUUGCAGGUGGAAAGAUCCUCGGGCAGAAGGCGUUUCUUCUCGGCUAUCGUUCUCCAAAAUACUCUAUAUCGUUUGCACCCCCAACAACGCUCUUUCCUUUCAGCAUACCGACUCCCUUUUGCUAUGAACAACAUAAUUCGAAAGCUGGAACCCUCUCAUUAAGGGCCGAUAACCUGAUGAGGACUCGGAGAAUCGUGAUUAGCGUCGCUGGACCUGCUAAUCACGAGAGGUGGGUUGCCCUCAAUUGUCCGCUCUCAACUGGCCAUGGAAAUAAGUUUGCCUACGAGACAUUCGAAGCUACCUUGUUUGUUGUAAUCUCAGAAAGGAGGUGGCCCUGGCAAGAAUGGGUACAGGUAGAAACGGCGCAGUUUACAAACGCUGCAUUAGAAUUCGGGGGUGAUUAUAGCUUCAAGUUGAAAGAUACAUGA